AUCAGGAGCGGCCACAGUGUGUUUGGAAACAAACGUGACGUCCUCCUCGCUUCAGUCCCGAAUGACUACCCAGCAGAGAGACGCUGCUAGAUUCAGCAGAGUCCCACAAGUUACUCUUUAGACGAGACAAUUUGCGUCGCUUUUCUUCUGUCUGCUGACAAAUUCUAUCACGAGGACUCUUGUUACUUUGACGACUAUAGUUGUAGCGAGUAAACAGCAUCAUCCUAAACACGACAAUACAACGAGUGAAAGAGAAAGAUAAAAAUGGAUGUGGAAGAGUCACAACAAAAGACGAUUACUCUUCUUAUAAAAACGCCCAACCAGGCUCAGGAGGACCAAACCGUCGAUGGCGUCUGUCUGAACUGGACUGUAAAGGAGCUGAAAACGCAUUUGUCGAUUGUUUACACAACUAAACCGGCUGUGAGUGACCAGAGACUGAUCUAUGCUGGUAAACUGCUGCCCGACCAUCUGCAAAUUAAAGAUCUCUUCAGACAGACUGACUGCAUUCCCACACUGCACCUGGUGUGUGCUUUUAGGAAUCCACCCCAGGGACCACUGGGAGCUAGACCUAAGACCAAAGGGACAGAACAGCCACAUCCCUCCAGUCCAAGGACCAUGGCACCCUCUCCUUCACCCAGUCCCAGCAGCUCCCCCUCCACAGUCCAGACUCCCAGCACACCAGAGCUGAGGCAGAGGAGGCAGACAUCUUCAACCUCAGCUGCUGCUCCAGCUCACACACAUACCCCAGUGUCUCCACCAGGAACUCCUUCAUGGCCUGCUGCUGCAGUGCCUGGAGCACUGCAGAUGACCCAACCAGCCUUUCCCACCUACUCCCUGUACAGCCCUGAACAGCUACUGUGGCUCCAGCAUGUCUAUGCUAGACAGUAUUACAUGCAAUACCAUGCAGCGUUGGCGGCAGCAGGCACCGUCCCCUCUGCACCAGCUACAACCAUUGGCCAGUACCCUCCUGUUCCCGCCCACCAAGUACCUGUCCCAGCUGCCUUAGCCAAUCAGCCAGCGAAUCAGAACCCAGCGCAGGAUGGCGCUUUCAUCAACCCUGGGGAGGCCAACCAGAACAUGCGGAUGAACGCGCAGGGCGGGCCUGUAAUGGAGGACGAGGAGGAUGUGGAGCGCGAUUGGCUGGACUGGUUGUACUCCGCCGCAAGAUUUGGCGUUCUGCUUAUGAUUGUGUACUUCAACUCCAACCUGACUCGCUUUCUGCUAGUGAUGAGCACCCUCCUCCUCAUGUACCUACACACAGCUGGUUGGUUUCCGUUCAGAAGACGAUUGCAGGUCCAAGGACUCAACCAUGUGCUGAACCCUGAGAUCCAGCACAACCAGCAGAACGAGAACAGGAACCCAAACCCAAAUCCAGCUGACGAGCUUGCUGACAGACAAAGAGAGGAAGCUGCUGCUGCAGCAGACGGAUCAGAUGGACAAGGACCAAUGACGGCAGUUUUAGUGCCUCCUCACAGGGUGUCAGCCAUGUGGACGGCCUGGGUUUUCUUCAAAACUUUCUUCUCCUCCCUCAUACCCGAGGUUCCUCAGGGUGUGGCCAACUGACCACCUAGGACAGACGAUUGAUGGAGACAGUGGGGAACUUGAAUUUCCACAAAUGUGGCCUGGAAACAAAGGACACGAAGGACUGGAAACAUCAGACAGCAUUUUUAACAAUAAGAAAUUAUUCAAUCGGAUCCCAGUUCUCCAUCUGACCAAACACCUACUGUUGGUUUUUACCCCUCCCCAAGGUGUUUUGCUGUGUGACAAGGCCUUGUAAGACAAGUGCAGCUACCUGGUUCCCUUCUCCAUGAAACAGCAGUAGGUGGCAGCUGAGGGUAAAAAAACCUCUCAGCUGACACUGUUGGACUAUUGUGCCUGAAUUAUUCUUCCUAUGAGGAGGUUUAUGUACAUGGGCUUUCUGAUCCCAUAGGAUUCUAACUCAGCUCGUCUGAGUUUUCAUAAUGAAGAAUAUGAUCCAGAUCAAUACUCUCACAUUUAUAAGGAUUAUAUGAGCCAUGCUCAGUUGAAGUGAAAAUCCACGCACAGACAGAACUCAGUACUGUAUCUUAUGGCUAUCCAAAUCUAAAUUCUGUUUUUCGAGGAACAGAUUAAUAUUUUCUAUACAAACUGUCCACACUUGGAGCCUGUGUUUGAUAGGAGAGAGUUUUUUUUUCACUUGUUUGACAUACUUCUAUCUAUGGAGGCAUAGGAAGCCCAAAAGGAUUUGAGCUGAAUUUAUAGCAAUAAAAUAUAUUACUUUUUUUAAAAUCCCCCUUUUAAUUCCUCAAAGUAAGUUAUUUCAAGAUGUGCAAUUUCAAAAACUUGAUUUUAAGUUUUUGUUUGUUUUUUUUUUGUAUUCACAAAAUAUUCACAAUAUUCACAAAAACUACAUAUGCUUGCCCAAAUUCAGUGGGUCCUUUUCGAUAUUUAAAAAAACCCUCAUUUGACUUUUCUUUAUGAGUUCUGUUUUGGGUGGAUUUUCCUGUUAUUGAGCGUCAGCUGAUGGUGAUUGUGACCAAAUACAAAUUAGACUGCGUCUUUCUGCCAAAUUGUUGAGUACAUUUUCUGUAAAAUAGUGAUUUUACCAUAGUAAAAAAUAUAUAAAUCAAGUUUUGUAAAUAUACUAUAUGUACACAAAGCACUUUACAACAUGUAUCUUAUGCAAGCUUCUUUACAUAUAGAGAGUUAUGAUUUCUUAUUCUUCAUGGGAAGGUUUCUAAUAUAAAUAUAAUGCCUAGAGGGCUCAGAGUUGUGCUUUAUGUUUUGUUUGUAUUUUUCAGAGGGGACUAACUUUAAAUUUCAGGUCAAUUCUAAAAUCCCAUUCAAACAAAACAGGUUGAAGGUCAGAUCAGUGCCAUUUAAAUUAUAGCAAAUAUCACUUUAGAAAUUAAAUUUGAAUUAUUUAUAAUGUCAGAAACCAUCUUUAGAAUAUCUAUAGAAUUGAGGCAAGUUUACUUCUCAGCUGGCUUGUAAGCCCUCUGUAUAGUGUUCUCUUUGCAUCCAGGGAUUGCGUUCUUUUAUUAUUGUGUUGUCACAGAUCUUAACUCCAUUUAGUUAACAUUCCAAAUUAUAAACUGAAUGUGGUAUAAUCAAACUACCCCACAUCAUUCCUACUGUACAUGUCAUUUCUCAAGCAUUUUUAUCAUCAUUCUGAUUGAGAAACCUUCACUGUAACAGAUCAAGUGCACAAAUGACAAUGACUUUUUGUUAAUGCUGUUAACUGGUCACUUCACUCAAGUCAUCAAAAUUACGAUGUUAUGCUGUUAUGUGACUUGAGUUCCAAUCUGUUAAGCGUUUAUUAACUGACUGUAAUCAUUGCAUGUUUUAUUGAUCUAUAUCAAGGAAUAAGUGGGUUUACUAGCUUCUCUUAACAAUGUCACUGUAAAAGGGGGUGUAUUACACCUUUUAAGUAAAGAGUGAAAAGUCCGCCUUGUAAUCCAAUCCAUUUUGUGUACUGCAUUAGCCCCUGCUGUAAAGUUAGCACUCUGUUUCCCUUUGGGGAAUGACCAUAGUUUGUGACAUUGGUCACCAUGUAUAUUUGGAAGUGUUAAUGUUAAGACAAGAUUUCCUUUUUUUGUUUGUCUUUCUGUGAGAGUUGCUUAUUGAUGGAUGUUGAGGGAGACAAUAAUGGAUGCAAUAAAUGUUCUUAACUUUAA